UGCGGAGACACGCAGCCGGUUCGACGCGUUUUGCUUCUUUCAGCUCCUGAGUCGAGAUUCACUUUGCGCAGUACGAGGCGAGUGGGAUUUCCUUAAGUUCAAAAAACACUCUCCAGACUGUUAGUGCGGCGAGUCCCGAUGGCUUUUUGAGCUCAACUAAACUGCUCAGGCCAGCGCGAUGACGAGAGGAGGCGCGGGGUUGAUUUAGACGCGAAUGCAUUGCGCUAUCACCCCCAAAACCCGGGACUUGGACGCCUUCGGCUCCUGAAACGACCAAAUGUUCAAUUGAAAUGUGAACUAGUUUACUCAUUUUCUCAGCAUGCCUUACUCGUAAGCCUAAUGGAGUUAUCUGGAUUGCACGGAUCUUUUAAGAACGCGUCUACCUGAGCGAACGCAUUGGACGCGCUGCUUUUAGGGGUGACUUAGAAAUCCUCUCAAUUUAUACUGCGCCAAAACACUAUUUCCUAGGACUAUUUCCCGAUCUAUGGAAGAUGAUUGGUGAAUCUCGGAGAACAACAGAUCGCUGACAUCAACGUGGUCUGCAUACUGUUUUUCAUUUACAAUCUUAACUAUUGUUCACCAUCUAGAGACUUCAAUACCCAAAAUGGCUGCUUCAUUGUGGAAAUGUGCCCUCCUGAAUAGACUUUUGCUAACUGUGAUAUGUGUACAAUGUUCACAAGCUUUCAGUCGGGCAGCUCUACCGUUUGGUCUGGUGCGGCGAGAGCUGUCAUGUGAGGGUUACCCCAUUGACCUCCGCUGCCCAGGGAGUGAUGUCAUCAUGAUAGAAACUGCCAACUACGGCCGCACAGACGACAAGAUUUGUGACGCUGACCCGUUCCAGAUGGAAAACAUUAACUGCUACCUCCCAGACGCCUAUAAAAUCAUAUCUCAAAGGUGUAACAAUCGGACACAGUGUGUUGUCAUCACAGGCUCGGAUGUUUUUCCGGAUCCAUGUCCAGGGACGUACAAGUAUCUAGAGGUCCAAUACGAAUGUGUUCCUUAUAUUUUCAUUUGCCCUGGAACUCUGAAAGCAAUGGGUGAUCCUGUCUUUGUCUUUGAGGCCGAACAGCAGUCUGGAGCCUGGUGCAAAGACCCCCUGCAGGCGGGGGACAAGAUCUACUUUAUGCCAUGGACUCCGUACCGCACAGACACUCUAAUAGAGUAUGCCUCGCUCGAUGACAUGAGGAGCGGUCGACAGACGACUAAUUACAAGCUUCCGCACCGUGUGGACGGAACUGGAUUUGUGGCCUAUGAUGGGGCCAUUUUCUUCAACAAGGAGCGUACACGAAAUAUCGUCAAGUUCGACUUGCGGACUCGCAUAAAGAGCGGAGAGGCCAUUGUCGCCAACGCCAACUACCACGACACCUCACCAUAUCGCUGGGGAGGCAAGACGGACAUCGACUUGGCGGUAGAUGAGCGUGGAUUGUGGGUCAUCUACGCCACCGAGCAGAACAACGGACGUAUUGUUCUCAGCCAACUCAAUCCCUACACCCUUCGCUUCGAGGCAACAUGGGAGACUGCCUACGAUAAACGCUCUGCCUCCAAUGCCUUUAUGUUGUGUGGGGUACUACACGUGGUGCGCUCCACCUACGAGGAGAAUGAAAGCGAAGCCAGCAAGAGCCAGAUUGACUACGUGUACAACACCAAGCUUGGGCAAGGGGAGUAUACCGAUAUCCUCUUUCCCAACCAGUAUCAGUACAUCGCUGCUGUGGAUUACAACCCAAGGGAUAACCAGCUUUAUGUGUGGAAUAAUUUUUACAUUCUGCGAUACAAUCUCGAGUUCGGGCCGCCCAAUCCAGCUGAAGUGCCGACUAUCUCGGAUGAUGUCACGUCAACGGUGCAAAUGAGAAGAACAACCCCUCCUGUCAUGACCACCACGACCACCACUGUCCACAGACCCCCAAUGAACAUACCCACCACAUCAAACCCCAAGCAGGGCAGAGGAGCCUCAGACAAAGCAGUGGAACACUCAGAGACUGCAGAGCCCACCGCUGUCAGCCAACCCUCCAGCAAACGCUUCUGUGACGACACGGACCGGAGAGGAAUAUCCUGGCCACAAACUCAUAGAGGAGCGACGGUGGAGCGACCAUGUCCUAAAGGAACUCGAGGCAUUGCUUCAUUUCUCUGCACGUCUGUUGAGGGGAUCUGGAAUCCGAAGGGGCCUGAUCUCAGUAAUUGCACCUCUCACUGGGUGACGCAGGUGGCGCAGAAGAUCAGGAGUGGAGAAAAUGCUGCAAAUCUGGCCAAUGAGCUGGCGCGCCACACUCAGGGCCCCGUGUACGCGGGGGACGUGAGUUCAUCUGUUCGACUAAUGGAGCAGCUGGUGGAUAUACUAGAUGCACAACUGCAAGAGCUAAAACCUAGUGAGAAAGAUUCAGCAGGACGUAGCUUUAACAAGGCCAUUGUGGACACAGUUGACAACCUCCUGAGGCCAGAAGCCCUUAAAUCCUGGGAGGACAUGAAUUCCACAGAGCAAACACACGCCGCCACCAUGUUACUCGAUACCCUGGAGGAAGGAGCCUUUGUCCUUGCAGACAACCUGAUUGAGCCCGCCGUCGUCAGAGUGCCAGCAGAGAACAUCAUGUUGGAUGUGUACGUGUUGAGCACCGAUGGACAAAUUCAGGACUUUAGAUUUCCGCAAACCAGCAAAAGAGGAGCAGCGAUUCAACUGUCGGCAAACACUGUCAAACUAAACAGUAAAAACGGUGUUGCCAAGUUGGUUUUCGUUCUUUAUAAGCACCUGGGGCACUUCCUCAGUACGGAGAACGCCACAUUGAGGCUAAUGGGUGAGGGCGGAGUCAGAAACCACACCCUUACUGUCAACUCCCAUAUCCUCUCUGCCUCAAUCAACAAAGAGUCCAGCCGCGUGUUUGUGACGGAGCCCGUCGUGUUCACCCUUGAGCAUCUGGAUACUGAGAAUUACUUCAACCCAAACUGCUCCUUCUGGAACUACUCUGAGAGGAGCAUGGUGGGAUACUGGUCAACACAAGGCUGCAAACUCCUCGCAACGAACAAGACUCACACCACCUGCUCCUGCAGUCACUUGACCAACUUCGCCAUUCUCAUGGCCCAUCGAGAACAUGCGGGCGAGGGGAGUGUUCACGAUCUGCUGCUGACAGUCAUCACACGCAUGGGCAUGGCUGUUUCGCUUGUAUGCUUGGCCAUUAGCAUCUUCACCUUCUGCUUUUUCCGCGGCCUCCAGAGUGACCGCAACACCAUCCACAAGAACCUGUGCAUCAACCUCUUCAUCGCUGAGCUCCUGUUCCUCGUGGGCGUCAACAUGACCGAACCUCCGAUCGUGUGCUCUAUUAUUGCUGGAGUUCUUCAUUUCUUCUUUCUGGCGGCAUUUGCGUGGAUGUGUUUGGAGGGUGUUCAGUUGUUCCUCAUGCUCGUGGAGGUGUUCGAGAGCGAAUUCUCACGACGAAAGUACUACUACGUAUCGGGAUACCUGUUCCCCACUGUGGUGGUCGGGAUUUCGGCAGCCAUCGACUACAAGAGCUACGGGACCAAGAAAGCCUGUUGGCUGAGGGUUGAUAAUCAUUUCAUUUGGAGUUUCAUUGGUCCUGUUACGUUCGUCAUUUUGCUCAACCUCAUCUUUCUGGUGGUGACUAUGUACAAGAUGGUAAAACACUCGACAUCUAUGAAACCUGAUUCCAGCAGACUGGAGAGCAUACGGUCGUGGGUGUUAGGCGCUUUUGCGUUGUUGUGUCUUCUUGGCCUGACGUGGUCGUUUGGCCUGUUUUUCUUGAACGACUCUUCAAUACUGAUGGCGUACCUCUUCACCAUCUUCAACACCUUACAAGGGAUGUUCAUCUUCAUCUUCCACUGUCUCCUGCAGAAGAAGGUGCGUAAAGAGUACAGCAAGUGUUUCCGUCAGUCUCGGUGUUGUGGCGGUCUGCCGUCUGACGGACCUCACAGUGUUAACAAAACCUCAGCGUCUAGAUCCACAGCUCGAUAUUCAUCGGCUACACAGAGUCGUAUCAGGAGGAUGUGGAACGACACUGUGAGGAAACAGUCAGAGUCUUCCUUCAUCUCCGGAGACAUCAAUAGCACUUCCACACUAAACCAAGGCCAGCACUCGCUGACUAACAGCCGUGAUGUCAGCACCAUGGACACACUCCCUCUCAAUGGCAACUUCAACAACAGUUACUCACUGCGUGAGGACGAUUACGAAGAUCCUGCAUUGCAUUGCCCAGCUGAGUGCACCAAAGGCCUGGACGACGCUGCUUUUGAAAAGAUGAUCAUCUCUGAGCUGGUCCACAACAACCUGAGGCCUCGCGGGCCGCCGCGGACCCAAAGCAGUGCAAAAUGCGAGCAGGGCUCCAAUCACAACCUUGAAAGAGACCCAGCGCCGCAGCAGAUCCGUGUUAGCAUCGGCGGGGGUGUAGGGAACAGCAGCUGGAGCGAAGACGACGCCAUAGUUGCUGAUGCCGACACCUCCGCCUUACCACCAUCCUCUAGCCACCCGACGCUGGAACUUCUUCUCCUUCACCCGAACCACCGGGAAGCCCUUGAGGCCCCGCUUUUGCCCCAACGGACUCAUUCGCUCCUUUAUUGUGCUGAAAGGGCUUCUCGGCGGACGGCUAGGCCACAGGACGAGAGCAGAGAGGUGGAAGAAGAGGAAGAAUGGGCAGGAGAGGAAGAAAACACCCCCUCACCAAAUAACAGGGACUCGUUGUACACGAGCAUGCCCAAUCUCAGAGACUCUUCCCCUUUGCCCUCAGAAUUGCCUGACCCUACCAGCGGCGAGGACGACGGGUCCCCUUGCCCAUCCAACCACAGCGAGCCUGAGGAACUCUGCCACAAGAGCUUGCCUGACCUGGGCGACGGGACCCAACAGCUUUCCUACUAUCAGAUUAGCCGACGGGGCACCAGCGAGGGCUGUAUUGGCCUCGGGCUCCCUGACGGCUGCCUCCCACCCGAAGGCGAGAUGCAGCUAAUCACCAGCCUUUGAGCCGCAAAUGUUCCCUUUCAUCCGUUUUCUUCGGUUGCUUCUCCCCUCUCUUCAUUCAGCCACAGACUAGGGGAUGAGAGGAACUUGUCAACGGCACAAUGACUUUUUUUAGGACACGAUUGACAGUCUGUUGAAACUAUUUUGUUGUGCGAGUGCUGAUAGAAGUGUCUGUUUUAAGACUGGCAUCAUCCACAUCUGCCAAAAGCUUUGUACAAUAUACUGUAAAAAAACAAAAAAAACUAAACCUAAUGCCAAUGUCUGAUUUUUGUAGAACUUUGAAAACUCUCCAGACCAGUUCACAGGUGAAUCUUCCAGUCUUGGAAACACAGGGGUUCUCUAAUACGGAACGAAGAGUUGAUCUAAAACAUAUGAGAAAGACAAGGGGGGGGAAAAAAAGAGAAAAUCGAAAAGAAAGAACCACUAUUCCAGACUCAGGCCUUAUAUUUACUCUAUUGCACAUACAGUAUAACUGUUGUACGAAUGACAGCCGAAGAACAUAUAUUUUGCAGUACCAUGAGUGUAAAGCAGAAAAAAAAUGUCAAUCAAAAGAAACGAUGACCAUAUUAGAAACAUUUCAGACAAAUUAUAGGAAAGUUGUUACACAUUUUUUGUUGAAAUGCGUGAGAUUUUUCAUACAAUUCAUAUUUCGCAAAAACAUUUAUGAAGGAAGCCAGUUCGACCCAUAAUCACAUCUCCACUUGUGAACAGUGCGUUCAGUUAUGGGUUUUACCAUUCAAAUUGUGUUUGCCAAUGUAUAUGUACAAAAAGAAGCUUCCUUAUUUUUUCAACUGAACAAAAGCUGUAUCUUGCACAAAUUUGGAGUGAAUUGGAUGUAAUUUAUUUUACUUAAAAAAAAAUGCUUGACAGUAUUUGUCAGGGAUCAAAAAUAUUCACAAGUGUCAACAUAUCUCAGUAUUGGACACUAAAUAAUUUAUUAGAUGAAGUAUAAAAUAUGGAAUAAAAGGGUUGGAUCGGACGUGUGAGUGACGUAACACUGUUGAUAUUCAUUUCAAUCUUUUCUAAGAGCCCAUUGUCAUAUGCUGAUGUAAAUUCAACUCUUGUUUGAUAUCAAAUAAAUGUGAUGAAUUUUUCUUGUUUACAAAUAUAUCACUCUCAAUCAGUGAGUGCUGCAAAAAAAUUUGUUUGAAUGGAAGUUUGAACGAUUCAAAAUUAACAUUGAAAUAUUUGGAGUUUACCUUCUUGUUAAUGAAUGUAUCUGGAACAUUUUGAAGCCAAUAUGGAAUUGCGUUCACAACCCAUUUUACUAGUAAUUCAAAAUAUUACUGAAUGAAACAAGAUGUUCAAAGAUGGACAAAUGCAUCUUGAUGUAAUCCAAUACUACAGUUAGACCCGGAACAUAUAUAAAUAUAUAUAAAAAAAAUCUUUAUAAAUAUAUAUAUAUAUAUAUAUUAUGUUUAGUUAAAUAACUCACCUUGAAGUGUACACUGAAUUAAACAAUGUAAUCUAUGCCAUUUUCAUUCAGUUAGUGUAUUAACGAGUGUCUUUUAAAGAAACCCACAUCCUGCUCUUAAAUAGAAAGAACAGAUGGUGUCUGUAGGUGUGUGUCAGAGCGUUUGCCAUAUAAAAGAUAUUGACUUCCAGAAUUAUCUACCACACAUUUCUGCUUCAGUUCAAACCACCAUUAUAGCAGAAAAGCUUGACAAAGUUGUGUACUUCAUGUUAUGAACUCAUUAGCUAAACAAAGGUUUAAAGAUUGAUUCAGAAGAAGACUGGGGCAAUACUACAACUGUUUUUGUUUAGUCUCUCCAGAAAGUAUGAAUAAUAUUAAGUCAAUUAUUAUAGCCGGUGGUUAUUAGGAGACUGUUUGUA